UGCUUACGCUAUAUUAAGUGAUAUCGGCUAAAGAAAGGUAUAAAACUGUAUAGUAGCUUUUGAUCGGUGUUGAAUGCCGAAAUGAAGUAUUUGCUUAUUGUCGUACUGGCGCUAGUGCUGCAUCAGUCACUAACUCUGGACCUACGCUCAAUAGUUCAAAGUUAUGCAAAGUACGUAUUGGUUUUCCAAGAAAGAUGUGAACAAGAAUCUGGUGUAAAUCCGAUUGAAGCGGAUAGAUUAUUGAAUCCUGGAAUCUUAUCUGACAAUGAUGCAUUCAAGCACUAUGCCGCAUGCCUUUUCCGUAAUCUACGUCUUCUAAAUAACGAUGGAACAAGUAACAUAGACAACUACAGAAUAUUUAUAGCGAGUGAACACCCCGAAAUUGUUAACCCCUUAAUUGAGAAGUGCAAGCCUAGUGGAGUUGGCGGGAACGUACAGGAGAGGGUUUGGAAUUUUUUGAACUGCGCAUUUGACGCUGUCAAGAAUAUGGUUUGAAAGCACCAUUUGCAUUACCUUGUAAAUUAAAUUUCUUUGUUUUUUGUGUUUCCCAUUAAACACUUAUCUUAUGUGUA